AGGGUUUGCAGUUCCUUCCUCUCUUGAAAACGGCGGCAGCUCUAACAGCAGAGAGAGGAGGAGGAGGAGGAGGAGAAGAGCAAUGACGGCGGAUAAAGAUGUUACGAUCCGAACCCGAAAGUUCAUGACCAACCGCCUCCUCUCUCGCAAGCAAUUCGUUAUUGAUGUUAUUCAUCCAGGGAGAGCGAAUGUCUCAAAGGCGGAGUUGAAGCAGAGGUUGGCUGCGUUGUAUGACGUGAAAGAUCCGAACUCGGUCUUUGUUUUCAAGUUUAGGACUGCUUUUGGAGGAGGAAAGUCUACUGGUUUUGGUUUGAUUUAUGAUUCUGUCGACAGCGCGAAGAAGUAUGAGCCCAAGUAUCGUCUCAUUAGGAAUGGGCUGGCCACCAAGAUUGAGAAGUCCAGGAAGCAAAUGAAGGAAAGGAAGAACAGAGCAAAGAAGAUUCGUGGUGUUAAGAAGACCAAGGCAGGGGAUGCUGCCAAGGGAGGAAAGAAGAAGUGAGGAAAGUCAUCGACAUCUUUCUAUUAUGAUAGUUCUGUUUCAAUCUUGAUUAUGAUGGUGUUUUUGUGCAAUUCACAUUGUGCUUAUGACUUGUCGGCCAAAAUUUUAUGUGAUGUACUAGUACUUUGGGGUACUGUUUAGAGUUAGUUACUUUAUGUGUUGAAGAUUUUUGGGGGAGGAAACUGAAUUUAAGUAUUUUUGUCUCAAUAUAACAUUUCAGCAAACUUAAAUGCAAUGUAUGUUAGAUUC